UAACAAGUAACAGUCUUACACCGCUUCUUCUUAAAGUAACAUAGAGUUCUUAUUGUUCAGUCAAAUGCUAUAAAAAGAUUUUAGCUUACGUUUCUUUUCUAUUUUUCAAUAUGAUCCGUCAAAAACUUGUUUUAAUGAUAUUCAUUCUUAUAUUAGGUUUAUAUCUACAAUUAGCGAGAACAGUUACGAAUAAAAACAAUCAUGAGUUUCGUGUGGAAUUAGUGCAGGUGCUAUUUAGACACGGAGAACGUACACCGCGUGAAAAAGAACUGUGGCCGAAUGAUCCUUACGAUAUAUCGGUAUAUGAACCAUGGGGUCUUGCACGAUUAACGAAUCAAGGAAAAAUGAGAGAAUAUCGAAUAGGACAGGUGUUGAGAGAGCGUUACGAUAAAUUUUUAGGAGAUAUUUAUCGACCUAGCGAUGUGUACGCUUUCAGCACGGAUCAUGAUCGAACAAAAACGUCUCUUCAAUUAGUCUUAGCUGGAUUAUACCAUCCGACACCAGCGCAAACGUGGAAUGAAAAUUUGUUAUGGGUACCUAUACCAGUACAUUAUAUGCCGGAGAAAGUGGAUGAUCUAAUGAAGCCAGAUACUUCUUCAGUAUAUUUAGAUGCUCUGGACAAAGUGAGAAACUCGGAAGAGGUUCUUAAAAAAGUAUUAGUAUAUAAAGAUCUUUUUAAAUUUCUCAGCGAAAAGACUGGUAUAAAUAUAACUAAAACAAAUCAAGUGUAUGAAAUAUAUAAUCUGCUGGUAGCACAGAAAGCUAUGAAUUUCCCUUCACCAGAUUGGUGCACCGAUGAAAUAUUGAAAAAGCUUCAGGAAAUCGUGAAGCUCGAAUACGAGAUUCGUUCUUACACACCUCAAUUGAAACGAUUGAACGGUGGUCCGCUUAUCAAAAGGUUUAUCGAGAAUAUUAAAAUUAACGAGGGACGUGAUACACCAAGAAAGAUCUACUUAUACGGCGGACACGAAGUAAAUAUCGCUGGAGUUGCGAAAGCUUUGAAUUUUAGUGAACCUGAGAUACCAGCUUAUGGAUCUGCGAUUAUAGUUGAAAAAUUGAGCAAUGCAAAUGGUGAAAUUUAUAUCAGGAUGCUCCUUUGGACUGGAGUUACAGAAGAACUAAUUCCUUACAAACUAGCUGGUUGUGAGGAGAUUUGUCCAAUCGACAGAUAUUUAAGUAUUGUGAAGGACAUUAUUCCAUCGGAUGAAGAAGCGAAUCACAAGUGGAAUUUAAUAUCUAAAGAAGAAUUACAGAAAUUGUAUGAAGAGAAAAUAAACUUCAAUUGAAUGUGUUUUUACAUUUUUAAUGCAUAGAUGAGGUAAACCAGUCAUGCCAUACAUUUUUAUGAGACCAAAGGUUACUUCAUUUCAACUGGAGUUUCUAAUACAUAUAUGUAUAUUUAUUGUAAAUUCGCCAAUAUUUCUGUAAUAAAAUAUAUUAAUAAUCUA